UGUGGAAUUGUGGGCCGAACAGGUGCCGGAAAAUCUUCUCUUACACUGGCCUUGUUUAGAAUAAUUGAGGCAGCUGGAGGUAAAAUUGUGAUUGAUGGUGUAGAUGUUUUGCUGCUAGGGCUUCAUGAUUUACGGUCUAAACUCACAAUUAUUCCACAGGACCCGGUUCUGUUUACUGGAUCAUUGAGAAUGAACUUAGAUCCAUUUAAUUCAUAUACUGAUGCAGCUUUGUGGUUAUCUCUAGAACAAGCACAUCUGAAAAUUUUUGUUAAAUCCUUAGAAAAAGGGUUAAACCAUGAAAUAAGUGAAGGUGGUGAAAAUUUAAGUGUUGGUCAAAGGCAGUUAAUUUGUUUAGCUAGAGCUUUACUUAGAAAAUCAAAAGUACUUGUACUUGAUGAAGCUACAGCAGCUGUUGAUGUUGAAACUGACGACCUGAUACAAUCCACCAUUCGUACUGAAUUUAGAGAUUGCACAGUAUUAACAAUUGCACACAGGCUGAAUACAAUCUUGGAUUAUGACAAAGUUAUUGUUUUGAGCAACGGAGAAAUUGCCGAAAUGGAUUCCCCAGAUAAUUUACUGAAAAAUGAAAAGUCAAUAUUUUACUCAAUGGCGAAAGAUGCAGGACUUAUUUCAUAA